ACCUAGACCUUAUGGUUCAUGUCCUGUCUUCUGACGUCACUUGAUAAUUUAUUCAAAGCGCAAGUGUAAUUUAAAACCUAAGAAUCACUGAAAAACGCAGUUAGUAUCCAGACAGCAUUUGAGUUGCUAUACAGAGACAGAAAAACGUUUAGAUAGCUCGUACGGAGGAGAUCCACCCUUCAGGUACCGUAAUAAUAUUUGUUUGAUUGCGCAAAACGAUUUGUUAGUUUAAUUGGUUUAGUUAGCUUUAUUUAGUGUGAUUUGAACGAUUUAUUUUGGAAUAAUAAUGGAGGGGUCAAUAAUCUAUACAAUUGUAAAAAUAUGAUCGGAAAGUGCAACACAUAAUCUUUGUAAAUUUGUGAUUUUUUCAGAAUUAUAUGUGUAAAAUUAAAAGGAAAUCUCCUCUCGUGUCGCAGUUUCGUCUUCCGGGCAUGCGUCUAAACCAUCCCCGACAACGAUGUCAAAGGGUAAAAUUGACGUGAAAUACAAACUAUGACUCAAUAUUCUCAGAUAAUGCAAAUUAAACGUAGUAAAAUUAAUUGCAAACAUCUAGCGUAGAAAAAUUAGCCAUUUUCAUACUUAGUCUUAUGCGAGUACCCAAAAUUAGGCAAUAAUUCCAUGUCAGGAAAACCUAAAUACAGGAAUCCCAAAAGAGUUUGGAUUGAUCCCGAGUAUAUUUGAGUGGGAAAUGAGAGAAAUCUCAAGGAGAACUGUUCGGUCUGAUAUUUUGUAUUUGUGUGCUUGACUGCUUGUGAAUUUCAGUGAAGUUCACUACGAAAGUCGUGAUAUCUUUCGUGGCGGAUGUUGUUGAGGUUUUAACCGAUCACAAUUCAAAACAAAGGCAGGCAGCCUAAAUUUACGUGUUAAUUCGAACUCGAUAUUGCAUUGUAUUGCAUUGUAAUAACACUAAGUCGACAAAUUGCCGAUAAAUUUGUCGCGUUGUAAUACCACUAAAUCGACAAAUUGCCGAUAAAUUUGUCGCGUUGUAAUAACACUAGGUCACAAAUUGCCGAUAAAUUUGUCGCGUUGUAAUAACACUAGGUCACAAAUUGCCGAUAAAUUUGUCGCGUUGUAAUAUACCACUAUGUUCACAAAUUGCUGAAUAACUUGUCACGUAAUAAAACUGUCUGUCAGACCGAUUUAGACCGUCGUUCAGACCGAGUUAGACGCGGUUCGACCUCGGGUAUAGGUUAACCGCGGUUUUUGUUAGGUUAUUUCUGGAUGUGCUGUAAAUUAUCCUUCCUUUCGUAAUGUGAACUCAUUUCUGGCACUGAUAUUUUCUUUGUGUAACUGCAGAACAGGAAUUUAAAGAAUUACUUAUUUUUGUGUAUUGUGAAAGACGAUAUUGCUCAGGCACGAGGUUGGGUAAUGUUUUGAUCAAACGCGACAGUGUGGGCUAAAAUAUAUAUCGUAAAGUAAAUAUUCCUAUCUCUUUCAAGAUGAUGGACAGUAUUAAAGAAUACCUAAUACCCAAGAGAUUUAGCGUCUUAUCCUACGCAUGUGUGAUCAUCCAUUUUUCCUGUGGAUUAAUCUUUACAGCAAUUGCCAGGGAAUUUAGACUGAGCGAGAUGGAAAAGUUCAGUUGUGCUGUUGACACAAAACAUGCAACUCACAAAAGUUAUGCCGAAAAAACGUGUUUUUCAAUCUACGACGACGAGUACAACUCUCCCGUGAAAUUAUUUGCUUUCGUUCUGUUCAAUUUUGGUUCUGUUGUUGUUGUGAGUGUCGUUUAUUCGCUUGCUGUUGGCAAUCGUAUCAAACAAACAGAGAGACUCUCAAGCGGAAGUGAUGAACCUCGAACAGUCGCCAAGAAAAGGAACAAUGAACAAGCAAAACGUAUCUGAUGAAGUUGACUUGAUCGACAUGAACACAUUUAACAAUUGUACCCCAAACAGUCGCGACAUUUACAAGCGAAAGGUUUUACAGCUAGGUCUCACACCAGACAUAAAUUAUGGUUCAAAGCAUACACCUUUGGACGACAUGUAUAUAGACCUCGUUAUCCAUACUGAACAAGCCCCACACAAGUUUUCAAAAGGAAUGGACAGGCACGAGAUCUAUGAUGUUUAUAUGAAAGUUCCCGAAAAUUCAAUACCCCUGAAAGAGAUUAAGGAAUUAUUUUAUCCAAACAAGGAUACUAAAAACGAAAUCCCUUCCACCAUUUUGGUGAUCGGUCGUCCCGGAAUUGGAAAAACUGUUCUCACGAGAAAAAUCAUGCGAGAUUGGGCAAAAGGAGAUGAUGAAAUUUAUCACGAUACAAUCGCAUUUUACUUCAAAUUCAGAUGGUUCAAUCUGGCCCAAAUGCAACAUGUAACGCUUAAGAAAUUUCUUCAGUUAGGAACAGAACUGCUGAAUGAAGAUGAAUUUGAAAGCAUUUUUGAAGAAAUUUGGGAAAACCCGCAAAAUGCUACUUUCGUUGUUGAUGGUUUCGAUGAAUUUGGUGCAAACCAUGAAGGUUUUCAGAAAGUUCUAGAUCAGUCAAGAAUGUUUCCCAAUGACGAUGCUUCUUGUUCCAUGUCUGCAAUGAUUCUGUUUGUCAAAAUCUUGUCUGGCAACAUGCUACCAGGGGCAACAGUCUUGGUGACCAGCAGGCCGACUGUAAGUCAUGUUUUAAGCAAAAUGAAAUUUGACAGAACUGUUGAGAUAGUUGGAUUCACAUCGGAUAAAAUUGAACAGUAUGUUAAACAGUUUUGUGCUAAUCAUAACAGGUGCUAUCUAGAAGCAACGCUAAUGAGUCAUAUCAAAUCAUCAUCUGAACUGAUGAAUUUAUGCUACAUUCCAGUGAAUUGUUUUAUUGUUUGUGUUUCUCUGUUCGAAUGUCUCAUUGACUCAGAGGGUGAUAUUGGUGCUCUACCAACUACUUUGACUGAACUGUACAGUCCUCUAGUGUACUUCAAUAAGCAUCAUGACCGGAAUCAAAGCAAAGAAGUUUUAAAGCAACUUCAACAGUUGGCUUUCAAUGGUAUGAAAAACGAUGAACUGAUUUUCAAUGGAGAGCUAGUCGAUGAGAAAAUGAAAGAGUCAGGAUUACUAAACUUUUUACCUAAUCCAAUUUUUCAAAUUCAAAUACAGGUUUGCUUUAUUCAUUUAACUAUACAAGAAUUUCUCGCAGCGAAGCAUAUUGUGGAAACAAAAACACCUGAAGAAAUAAAAGAAUUUAUAACUUUGCAUUUCAAGCAUGGCUGA